AUGUUCAAGAAACGUCAGGUGGAUGCUGCCACUGCCGAGCGACGAGAGAAGCUGAGAACCUGCUGUCGACAACUCGCCGCCUUUCUCUUUUCGCACAUCGGCCUGUGCGCUCUCGUUGUCGGCUACUCCAUCAUGGGCGCCGCGACCUUCCAGGCGCUCGAAGGUCAGAACGAGAUCAAUAAGCGACUGGAGGUGAAACACUUGCGCGAUGCCACCGUUGCUGAUCUGUGGAACAUGACGAUGAGGUUUAACGUGCUGUGGAAGGAGAACUGGACGACAGAGGCGGGUAUCUACCUGCAGCGCUUCCAGACAGAGGUCAUCGCCAAAGUCAAGCAGGGAUAUGAUGGCAAGGACGAGAACGACGCGAGAGAGCAGUGGUCCUUCUCCGGUGCCUUCCUCUACUCGCUCACUGUGAUCACUACCAUUG